AUUUUUUGUAGGUGAUUAUGCUCCCAAGAUGCGAUACUUUCAAAGAAAUUAUAUUUACUCCUAGACUGAUAGCCUUUAAUGAGAGCUUUGUUCCAGUUGGUACUUCUAAAACUUCUACAGUUGCUGUUCUAUGGCAUGAAGCUAUUUCUGGAAGAAAAAAGGCUGAUAUUGUUAGCACAUUUUAUGCAUUUUUAAACAAAAUUAGGGAUUCCGAAGAAGUUGUUAUUUGGCUGGAUAAUUGUUCCGGUCAGAACAAAAAUUGGUGCUUGUACACAUUUUUUGUGUAUGCUGUAAGCUCAUUAGAAUUGAACAUUAGGAAAAUAACCCUAAGAUAUUUUGAGUCAGGUCAUACAUUUAUGGCAGCUGACUCAUUUCACCAUAGAGUCGAGCAAUCAUUAAAUCGAAAAGGUAAAGUUUAUGACUUCGUUGAUUUUGUAGAUGCGGUUAAAACGUCAACACGUAAUGUCGAAGUUAUCGACAUGGCUUUUAAUGAUUUUUACAACUGGAAAGACGAAUCAUCUCAAUAUAAAAUAACAAGGUUGGUCCCUCGUCCGUACCUUCAACAAAUGGUGGAAGUUCAGUUCAUCAGAGGUUUCCAUACAUUUGGUUAUAAAACUAGUUUUGAAGGAGAAAUCAUAAGUGCCAAUUUUUUAAAGGCUAAUAUCCAAAAAAAUGGCAUUGCAAAACCACUCUCUAUCUCUCAACCACGAGGUAUUACCAUGGAAAGAAAACAGAAUAUAAUCACUAAAAUUGGUCAAAUAAUGCCCCCAAAUCGCAUUGCAUUUUGGAAAAAUAUUUUUGUCAGCGAAAAUGUGGACACAAUUGAUGAUUAAUAUAAUAUAAUAACUAGUUCGGAGUAGAAAAUUAAGUAUUAAUCAUUAAUAUUUGUUUGACUGAGUAUGAUAUUUUAGUUAGUCUGUAUUAUUGUUGUUUACUUUUUUAACUUUUCCUAAUUAUUAAGAAUAACUUACGAAAUUAAUACAUUAAUAUUGUAACGUUCAUUUGUUUAAUGCAAUAAAUAUUUUCAAAAAAUCAUGUAGUUACGUUCUUAAUUAUAUACCUCAUGUUAAGUGAAAAAGGCGUAUCUGUCAAAAUCUGUCAAAAGUGUUGUUUUCCCAAGUUAAUACUCUACCAAAAUUUGUCACAUGAUAGUAUAGACCUAUUUGUUAACUUCUAUAUGGUACAAGUCACAACUUUUUAAAAAAUCACGAUUGCCUAAUCAAAACCACUAAAACUGAUUUUUCUCGCAAACUAGUUUAAAGCAGAUACGCCCUUUUGAGUUAACA